CUCACCACCAAAGGGAAAGCAGUAGGUCAGGGGCUUCUCGGAGCCAGCCUCAGAGCCCGUCACCAACUCUGCAGGAAAGGGUUUUCCAAAGUCUCCCCUGGCUGCUGAAUCUCCUGGGAAAACUUAAUAUCUACAACUUACGUCACUGACAAAGGAUUACCUGGGAAAAUUAAUAUCUACAGCUUCCUCACUGACACAGAGUGAGCAUGGGAGGACGGAAGAUGGCCAGAGACGAAGAAAAUGCCUAUGGUUCCGAAGACGCCGCGCAGGCCCCGCAGGAGCCCAGGCUGAGGCUCAUCCUGGCCGGGAGGACAGGAGCCGGCAAGAGCGCCACGGGCAACAGCAUCCUGGGCCAGAGGCGGUUCCUCUCCAGGCUCGGAGCCGCGUCCGUGACCAGAACCUGCGCCGUGGGCAGCCGGAGGUGGGCCGGGGGGCACGUGGAAGUCAUCGACACCCCGGACCUGUUCGGCGCCGAAGACCCGGAGACAGAGCCGGGGUGCGGGGAGAGAGGCCGCUGCUACCUGCUCUCGGCCCCCGGGCCCCACGCCCUGCUCCUGGUGACCCAGCUGGGCCGCUUCACCGCCCAGGACCAGCAGGCCGCGCGGCGGCUGAGGGACAUGUUCGGCGACGGCGUGAUGGCGCGCACGGUCGUGCUCUUCACGCGGAAGGAGGACCUGGCGGGGGACUCGCUGCAGGACUACGUGCGCUGCACCGACAACCGCGCGCUGCGGGAGCUGCUGGCCGAGUGCGGGGGCCGCGCCUGCGCCUUCGACAACCGCGCCACCGGCGGGGAGCGGGAGGCCCAGGUGGACGAGCUGAUGGCGCUGGUGGAGCGGCUGGUCGGGGCCCACCGGGGCGCCCCCUACACGAACGACGUGUACCGCCUGGCGCAGGCGCUGGGCGGCGCGCGCCCCGAGGAGCGGCUCCGCAGGGUGGCGGAGACCGUGGCCGCCCGCCUGCAGAGGCGGCGGGGGCGCGGGCUGCUGGCCGCGCUGUGGGAGUGGAGGAGGGCGCCCUGGAGCCGGGCCAGGCUGGGGGUGGCCGCCCUGCUGGUGGCCCUGGGCCUGCUCUACCUGCUGCUCUCCAGGUUCCGGCAGGACGCCUUGGGUGACGUGGAUUCUAAGUGACAGACGCCAAAGAGGACUGUGACCCACCAACUGAUAAGCACAUUCAUGCCUGGUGUUCUGCCCCUUCAGGGCUCACAGGUGCUCCUUCCCUCCCUCACCUCCCUCUGAUCUACCAACUUCAGAGUCCUGCCAGGUCCCUUCUCCCUCCCCUGACCUUCCCAUGUGACCUGGCCCUCCCUUAGCUCUCUUCCUACUGAAGCCAAACAGCCCUUGUCGCUUUUGCUUAUUUCCCACUGACCUCUGGCUGCCCUUCCCUGGCACGGAAUUGUCUUUGCUGCUGAAAGCAGAUGAGGAGCACCUGUCCUCUCAUCCCCUGGACUCCCCACAGGACCAAGGGCAGAGACAACACAGAUCCUCAGGACAUACUCGUUUAUUUGAAUAAAUAAGUGUACUGGACAUCA